AUGAGGAUAAGCAGGAAAAGGAAGGAGCCUGAUAACAAAGAUAAUAAGCAAUUAAUAGACACAGAUCCAGAGAUGACAGAAAUGUUGGAAUUAGAGGAUAAGAAAUUCGAACUGGAAGUGUUUCAGAUAACAUUACACCUCAUCGUCCCUGUUACUAUGCUCUGGAUUGCUAAUCAGACAGAGUGGUUUGAUGACUACAUGAUACAGAACAAGAAGGAGCUGUGGACACUUGAGAAGGAAGACCAGUACCAAGACCCAAAAGAAUUCAGAGAGAGGAUACAGAAGAUACAAGAGGAGAAGCUCCUUCAAGUUGCUGGCAGAGCUUCUUAG